CAAUAAGAAAGCACUUUUGUUUACUAAACAAAGUUCAGGUGGUUUCAGCUGGUUAGCGAUUUAAGAUCAACUCACUUUCCAAAGAUUCCUUUUGAUAUUUCUGAAAAUUUUGCUGUCUGAUAACAAGAGAAUUCAUUUCCAAAAUGGCACAUGAAAAAUUAUGGGGUGGAAGAUUUAGUGAAGGCUUGAAUCCUGCUAUGGAAUCCUUCAACAACUCGAUAACAUUUGAUAAAGUGUUAUGGGAUGUUGAUAUAAAAGGAAGUCUUGCAUAUGUGAAAGCUUUAGAAAAGUGUGGUUUAGUAACUGUGGAAGAAAGUGAAAAAAUUGUUUUUGGAUUGACUCAGGUAUCUGAGGAAUGGGCUUCAAAAACAUUUGUUUUGAAAAAUGAUGAAGAUAUCCACUCGGCAAAUGAAAGAAGGCUAAAGGAAAUUAUUGGAAACGAAGUUGGCGGUAAACUGCAUGUUGGUCGCAGUCGUAAUGAUCAGGUUGCUACUGAUGUCCGCUUAUGGCUAAGAGAGCAGUCAUCAGUUUUAAAAUCAAUGUUGAUAUGCUUUAUUAGAAUUUGCUGCGAACGAGCUAAGAGAGAAAUUGAUAUUCUGAUGCCUGGAUAUACUCAUCUCCAAAGAGCUCAAGCGAUAAGGUGGAGUCACUGGCUUCUCAGUUACGCGUGGUAUUUUCACAAUGAUGCUAAUAAAUUGGAGGAUGUCAUUUCUAGAAUGAAUAUAAGUCCAUUGGGAAGUGGAGCACUGGCAGGUAAUCCCUUUCCUAUUGACAGGGACUUCCUUGCAAAAGAGCUUGGGUUCUCUGGUUGUACUCCAAAUAGUCUUCAUGCUGUAGGUGACAGGGACUUCAUUGCGGAAUUUUUGUUCUGGGGUGCAUUAGUCGCAACACAUUUCAGUAAAUGGGCAGAAGAUUUGCUUCUAUAUAGUACAAAAGAAUUUGGAUUUGUAUCAAUUGCUGAUGCUUACAGUACUGGUAGCAGUUUGAUGCCACAGAAGAAAAAUGCUGACAGUUUAGAAUUAAUCAGGGGGAAAAGUGGUAGAUUAAUAGGGAAUUGUAUGGCAAUACUUGUUGUUUUGAAAGGUUUGCCUAGUACCUUUAAUAAGGAUCUACAGGAAGACAAAGAGCCUAUGUUUGAUAGCUAUAAUACUUUGGCAGAAUUGUUUCAGGUGGCUUGUGGUACUCUGGAAACUUUAACUAUUCAUAAAGAUGCAUGCUUUUCUGCUCUCUCAUCUGAUAUGUUUGCUACAGAUGUUGCUUAUUAUUUAGUUCGAAAAGGGAUUGCUUUUCGAGAUGCUCAUAAACUUGCAGGGGAAGUUGUUGCAAAAGCUGAAAAAGAAAAUUGUACUAUUUCAGAGCUUCCUUUGUCUCAUUUGAAAGACAUUAGUGACCGCUUUGAAGAAGACAUAUCUUCUUUGUGGAACUAUGAGAGUAGCGUUGAGCAGUAUCAAGCUUUUGGUGGAACAGCUAAAGAGAACAUCCUCUUACAAGUUGAGCAGCUGGAACAAUGGAUCUGUGAUAGUCAGAUUUUGACCACUCAAGUUUAAGUGAUUUUAACAUCAGUGCUUUUGAUGUUUGCCAAAUGAUUUAUAGUCCUAUUGUUAUUUUCUAAAAAUAAAGUUUUUGAAGUUUAUUU